AUGGCUGAAGAACUAAAAAUUUCAAUCCCACAGGAGGCAAACUCACAUUUCUCAGGCGAAACUCAUGAGUGGCUAGCAUUCAUCAUCACUGAAGGGCAGAUCAAGACUGGUAACAACCAAAUGCAAGCGCCACAGAUUCCAAAGGUCCCACGUUUGCUUCGACAGAUUCAAUCAAACCAGAAAUGUUAUGACCCCUCUCUGGUCUCCAUUGGUCCUUAUCACCACGGAAAGCCUGAACUCAGGGAUAUGGAGAAGCUCAAGAUUACAUUUACGCGCAAGUUCGUUGAUGAUAGUGGAAUAUGCAUUGAAGACUUUUACUGCAAGGUGGCAGAGGUGGCAAUUGACGCUAGAAGAUGCUACGCUGAGGAUUCGACAGAUGAGUUUGAUGAUGAGAAAUUCACUCAGAUGAUGUUUCUUGAUGGUUGCUUCAUUCUCCAAUUUAUUUUCUGCCUCUUGCGCAGGCCUGAAGAUCUAAAGAUGCCUGGUCAUCAGGUAGUUCUGGUUAAAAGGGACUUGUUACUGCUAGAGAACCAACUCCCUUUCCAAGUCAUCUUGUCAUUGAUGAAUUUGAGGUUCGGAAAAGGAGAAGAAGGAGGAGGUAAUAAAUUGAUCAACGAUUUCAUCAGGCACAUUCGUGCACUUCCUCCUCCACAAGAGUCAUUCAAGGAAAUGAUAAAGAAGUUUGCUGGCAAAUGUAUUUGGAAACAACCUAAAAAAACGUGGGGACAUAAAGAAACAGAAGUGCCUCAUCCUGUCCAUCUCCUUGGACUUCUACAUACCGAUCACAUCAACAAAGAAGCCUGCAGCCAUUGUUCUACAAGAAGCAGUGACUGGUACUCAUACCGUUCUGCCAAGGACCUUAGAAAAGUGGGGAUUCGCUUCAGGCCAAACUGGACUAACGCUUACUCAGAUGUGGAGUUCAAAUCAUCAGUCCGUGGUAGCAAACUAAUACUUCCGCCAAUAACCAUAGAAGAGUCAUUCAAGUCCGUGCUCUUAAACUUGAUAGCGUAUGAAACAUGCUGUGAUGCAUCUGGUGAACUUUGGGUCACUUCUUACGCAUGCUUCGUGGAUUCGUUGAUUCAAGAUGUCGAAGACGUGAAGGUGCUGCAAUCAGAGGGUGUUCUCAAUAUAUUUGUUCGUGAACAGGAGGUCGCUGAUCUCUUCAAUCAGAUGUCUCGAAACCUGGUACCCAACCCGUACGCUUAUAGUGAUGUGAAAAGGCAAAUCGAACUGGACCGCAAGAGCAUCAUCAAGAAAUGGGUAGCUGAGUGGCUGCAUACCUAUUUUAGCAGUCCUUGGAGCUUUAUUGCACUUGUUGCUGCAACUUUUACCAUUGUAUUAACUGUCAUUCAGAGCUAUUUCGCUAUAUUCCCUCUCAAUAACAAUGGUAAUUGUGGCUAA